GGGGGGAGCGGAGCGGGGCGGGCGGGCGCCUCAGUCAGUGAGUUCUUUAAAGAUGGCCGGAGCGGCGGCGGCGGCUGCCGCCGCGACCCCCGUGUACUGCGUGUGCCGGGAGCCCUACGACGUGAGCCGCUUCAUGAUCGAGUGCGACAUCUGCAAGGACUGGUUCCACGGCAGCUGUGUUGGGGUAGAGGAGCACCAUGCUGUUGACAUUGAUCUAUACCAUUGUCCCAACUGUGCAAUUUUCCAUGGACCUUCUCUAAUGAAGAAGAGGAGGAACUGGCACAGGCAUGACUACACGGAGUUGGAUGAUGGUUCCAAACCAGUGCAGGCUGGAACACGGACCUUUGUUAAACAGCUGCGGGCUCGCUCUUUCCCAAGUGCUGAUGAAGUAAUUUUGAAAAUGCAUGGAAGCCAGCUGACACAAAGAUACUUGGAGAAACAUGGGUUUGAUGUUCCCAUUAUGGUUCCUAAAUUAGAUGGUCUGGGGCUCAGACUUCCUCCGCCAACUUUCUCAGUUUUAGAUGUGGAACGUUACGUAGGUGGUGACAAAGUGAUAGACGUAAUAGAUGUAGCAAGACAAGCAGACAGCAAAAUGAAGCUCCAUAAUUAUAUUAAGUAUUUCACAAAUCCUGACCGACCAAAAGUAUUGAAUGUGAUCAGCCUGGAAUUCUCAGACACCAAGAUGUCUGAAUUGGUGGAAGUACCAGAUAUUGCCAGAAAGCUUUCAUGGGUGGAAAAUUAUUGGCCAGAUGAUUCUGUCUUCCCUAAGCCUUUUGUUCAGAAGUAUUGCUUGAUGGGUGUCCAGGACAGCUAUACUGAUUUUCAUAUCGAUUUUGGAGGAACAUCAGUUUGGUACCAUGUUCUCUGGGGUGAGAAGAUAUUCUAUUUGAUCAAGCCCACUGAUGAAAAUUUAGCUCUCUAUGAGUCUUGGAGCUCAUCUGUCACCCAGAGUGAAGUGUAUUUUGGGGACAAGGUUGACAAGUGUUACAAAUGUGUUGUGAAGCAAGGACAUACCUUAUUUGUUCCAACAGGCUGGAUUCACGCUGUGCUCACAUCUCAGGAUUGUAUGGCUUUUGGAGGAAACUUUUUGCACAACCUCAAUAUUGGCAUGCAGCUCAGGUGUUAUGAAAUGGAGAAGAGGCUAAAAACCCCGGAUCUUUUCAAAUUUCCUUUCUUUGAAGCCAUCUGUUGGUUUGUGGCCAAAAACUUACUGGAAACAUUGAAAGAACUGAGGGAAGAUGGUUUUCAACCUCCAAGCUAUUUAGUGCAAGGAGUGAAGGCUUUACUUACUGCUUUAAAAUUAUGGAUGAAAAAAGAACUUGUAACAGAACAUGCCUUUGAAAUUCCAGACAACAUUAGGCCUGGGCAUCUCAUAAAAGAGCUCUCAAAAGUGAUUCGUUCUGUGGAGGAGGAAAACAGCAAACUAGUUAAAACUCAGGGAAUUCUUGGUGUGUGUCCAACUUCGCGGUCUUUGCACGAAACAACUUCCCCUCACCACUCCAGACGAAGGGUGAGGAAACUGCGAGACCACGCUACCAAAACUCCUUCUAAUCUGGACAUCUUGGAACUCCACACCAGGGAGGUACUGAAAAGGCUGGAGAUGUCACCGUGGGAGGAGGAUACUGCAAGCUCAAAACUGAAUGGGAGAUUUAACAAGCCCUUUCAGCCAUCUUCUACAGUACCUGAAUGGCGAACAAAAGACAAUGAUCUUCGCCUUCUGCUGUCAAAUGGAAGAAUAAUUAGAGAUGAGAGACGCCCAUUUACAGAUCGAAGUCUUUACACAGCAGAUAGUGAGGAUGAAGAUGACAGGACAAGGUCGAAAAAAACAACUGUUAAGGUUGAAGAUCAGCCCUCAGGAUAUGAAGGAGAAGGGAAUGCAGAUACCCAGAAGCCACUGAACAUGUUCUUUGAAAGUGUGAAAUCAGAACUCAGGAAUGGAUCCUCAGAGUACUCUGAUAUUUCUGAUUCAGAAGAAUCUGAGCCUGAUUGCACUACACAGCAGAAGGAUUCCUCCUCAGAGGAGUCAGAAAGCUCAGGUGAUGAAGAGAAACAAGAAGUAACAUCAAAUUUCAAAGAGGAAUCUAAGGUCGUGAGAGACUUUUGUCAAAAAACCCAGAAGCCAUCCAGAAACGAAACUCCCAGUAAAAAGGAAUGUCCUACCUCGACAAGUACAGAAGAAGAAGCUAUUCAGGGCAUGCUUUCUAUGGCAGGAUUGCACUAUACUACAUGUUUACCAGGUCAUACUCAAAGCACAGACUGCACAGAUAGAAGAACCUCUCUUCAGGAACACGGAAGCUACCCCAGGAGUCGGCAUAAAGACAGGCAGCCCUCUCAGAGCCACAAAAUAAUGGAAUGUGGUCGGUCUGUGAAGGAAGAGGAGGGAGAUGUGGGGACUUCAUCAUGGGCUAGACAUUUGAAUGAAGCUUCAAGGAUUACCCCUCCGGAUACAAGUAGAACUCAAAAAUACAUCAAGAGAGAGAGUGCAUCAGAAGCCAACCAUAAGGUUCAGGAAAACAGAAGUGUAGUCCACAACAACAGCUUGAGUUUUCAGCAUGGCAAAUACACACGAGACUCCACUCUAAUUCAAGGAGAAUGUCGGCUGAGUGAUGGCAGCCUUAGCCCUGACAGGCCCUUUGGUGAAACAUCCUUGUCUGUACCACUUCAUCCAACAAAGAGGCCAGCAUCAAAUCCACCCCCUAUCAGCAACCAGGCGACAAAAGGCAAACGUCCAAAGAAAGGAAUGGCAACUGCUAAACAGCGCCUUGGGAAAAUCUUGAAGCUGAACCGGAAUGGCCAUGCACGCUUCUUUGUUUAAUGUAGCUGCUACUUCUACUGCUGUCUUUCCCACACAGACCACAGUAUUGAGGUCAACAGAGCCUGGAGCUGCUGUUAUUCCUCUGCUUGAAGCAGACUUGCAUGUACCAUGUAAAACACUGCCUGAUGAACAAAAAAAAAAAAAAAAAAAAAAAAAGAGGAAAAAAAACCCAAACAAAAAAACAAAAAAAAAAAAAAAAACAAAAAAAAAAAAAAAAAAAAAAUCAACCCAAUGCUGCAUUUUCACUGUGCCACACCUGCUCAGCAAUAACCAUAUGGGAAUGGGGAAAUCUUCAGAGAGACAUGGACUGUGAGAAGUAGUCUCUCAUCAGGGCUUGUAUAUCAUUUGUUGCUGGUAGUUUCUGACCUAAUUAAUGAGGGGGAGAUGAUAAAGGUGGUUUAUCAAUAAUUUAUUUCUGAUAGAUUUUGACAACUUUUAAAUUCAUUUUAAAAACCUAUUUAUUUGGAAGACUUUUUUGUGGGGCUUAUUAAUUUAGAUUUAAGAAUGUGAAAGUUUUUACUUGUUUUGAUAAUGUAUGUUUGGUGCAGUGGAGAGCCACAUUAAUUAUGAUUAGUCUGGACUCCUAAAUUUGAUAUUCAGGUUAUAGUCUUAAAUAGGGGUGAGAUGCAUUAUUAAUUAUUUUUUAAAUUAAGGCAUAUGGAAUCUUUUUUUUUUUCUGCUUUUUGCAAGCUAUUGGCUGGGCUUUUCUUGACUUUCAAGAUGUAUAUUCUCUGCCAGCUUGAUUAUUUUUGACUUGUCCUCUUUUAUACAGAUUUAUUUAUUUAGGAGUCUCUUCUAGUUCAUUAAAGACAGAAGAAUCUUCUUAUGUCAGUCCAGUAGCUAACUUGUUUUAAACUGCACCCCCUUCCUCCAGAUUGGAGUGAAUACUUCUCCUCCUGGUGAUCUAUUUAUGAUGAUUUUCUUCUUUAAAAAGGCUCCCUGAAACUGUUAUUUGUACAGGUUAAUUAAGAGUUGGUACAAAGGAGGGGAAACUAAUAUAUCUCUUUGGAGGAACGGGGACAUCAGUUAAGAUAAAUGUUUCUUCACAACAAUUAAUCUGAAAUAAUUCAUAAGAUACACAUUGCAGUCUUAAGAUUUGGCAUAUUACUUAAUGUAGCAUGGAAGAAGCAUUAAAAUAUUGUUGUACUUUCAACAUUUCACUGAAGAAUUAGGAAGGCAGGAAAAUGUGUGUGGCUUUCAGAGCUGGGCAAGACAGACAACUGAAAGUCUUAACUGGUGCAUAUCUAAGCAUUAAGUAGCUUACUGGUGUCAGAAUGAUCAUUUGUGUCAGGCUUCAUACAGAGCUGACAGCAAAUGCCCAUUCUGAAUUAUUGUAAAUAAUUUUGAUUUUAAAUUUGUAUUUUUCUGUAAUAUAAAAUGAAAUAUUUAACUUUUGGGGGUUGGGGAUGAAGUCAGAAGGGCGAAUACCUUUACUUGAUUCUGGAAGAAGGGCAUUUUGCAGGGUCCAGCCAAAAUGAAAACAUAAAUAUGCUAGUGACAACAAUAUUUUUGGUUGUAUGGGGUUCUUUUGUUUAUGGGUUGCUAAGAGUGAAGAUACUCAGGCUAAGCUACCCAAGCCAUUGAAUUCAUUUAACUUUCCAUACUAGUUUUUCCUUCCUCCAUAUUCUAUACUGGAAUAGUUUUCUCUUUUUGUGUUUUAAAGACAAAUUUAGUUGGACUUUGCAGAAUAUUUGUGCAGAGCUAUUUUUAUUUAGGCUAGAUUGUGAAUGCCUUUACAAAUUUAUGAAAAUAGAUCUGAUGUCAGGUGGGUUUGAUUGUUGCAGAGUCAAAACUAUUUAGCACUGUGUUAUCCUGUUUCUAAAUUGAGAAGCAUCAAAACAUAAUGCAACUGCAAAUAAGUUGGGUAGCUUUCAUGACUUCAUUUCCUCUGCUUUUUGAAAAUCAUGACUUAGGAGUUUUUUUGCAGCCCCACUUUCACGUUGUGUUGACUUUAUAGCUUUGUAUGUGUGUGUACGGUUGAAUUUUUAAAGUUUUUUUUUUUUUUGUUUGCUAAUUAUGGUUUCACAAAAGCAUGCUUUCAGUCUUUAAAAAAAAAUUAGUUGUUUUUAUUAUUAUUUAAUGCAGGCUAUCAACUUUGUUUAGACUAUUGGGAAUGGAGGUAAUAAAGGAUCUCUCAAAAGCAGAAAAUAAGCUAAGAAGUACUCCACAGGUGCUGAAAGUGAGUCUAAGUGCUUUCUGUUCUCAGGUGCUAUGUUUUCCAGAUGGAAACAGUUAAAAGAUAGUAUUUUAACUAUAUUUGAAUAUGUUCUCACCAAAGUCAAAGAAAUAAACUAUAUUGUCAAUAUUUGUUAAGAUUAUAUGCCCAUAUAAAUAUUCUCUCUGCUUAAGCUUGAGCAAAAGGAGUAAUGCCUGCCAGGCUUUGGAAGACUUUUUAGCUUUAGAACAUUGAACCAAACCGUUUCCUUCUUUUUUUGUAUUAGUUUUAAGACUAGAAAAGUUCAGUUUAGGGCAGCAGUCAGAUUCAGAGGAGAAUGAAGAAUUGGCUGUCCCUCCAUAAAGGCAGAUUUUUGAAAAUGCUACUGGAAAUAGAAGUGUGCCAGAAUAGAAUCUGGAGUAAGGAAUUUUAAAAUAUGGAAUAUGCUUUCUCGUAUAGGUGACUGGCUUAACACAAAGUCAUUUUUCUGAUCAUCUGCAUUAUUUAUAUUUAUCUUACUAUUGAAACACAGAUGUGGCUGGACCCAUAUUUUAUCUUCUUGGUUUAUUCUUUCUUUAUUAUGCUUUUUUUUUUUCUCUCAAAGUGGCACUCCACUGUCGUGAAUUUCUGUAACAGUCUUUUCACAGGCUAGCAACAGGCAGAGGUUCAUUCCCAUUUUCUUCAGAUAUCCAUGCUUCCAGCAGAAGUGAAUUCUAAUAUUCCACCUCUUAACAAGUAAUUUAAAAGAUAUUGCCAUGAUGAGCAGUAUUAAGAAAAAAACCACCAAAACACACAAAGACAAAAAAAAAAAAAAAAAAAAAAAAGGAGAAAAUAAUAAAUGUCUCCUGGUAGCUCAUGAAGAGGAUGUGGUGACCUCACUUGUUUUGUGUACUUGUAUAUAGGGAUAUUUUUAUUGUGUUAUAGAUGAAAACACUGCUGCACCAAUCUUUCUGUAGAUGGACUGAGCCUUGUGUUGUUGUAGUGGAGAGAAAAAGCCCUAUUUUUUUUCUCGAUGUUUUACCUGGGGUGUAAGAAGGGGGGAGUAGGGAACACUGUCUGGACAACACAGAAAAUGAAGCCUGCUAUAGUAACUCAUUUUCAAGCAUAAUCUGUUUUGAAAAGUCAGAGAAGUUGGAGUUGGCAUAAGACUUAAAUAUUGUGGGAGUAUUCACAGUAUCAAGUUCUCACGUUCCUGCAAUUCAGAAAAACAAAACAAAAGCAAAAAAGAGGAAAAGACCAUCUAGAAACUAUUAUCAAAAGACUUCCAGCAACUAUUCCUUUCGUUCUCCUACUAUACUUGCUAAUAAUCCCUGGCUACAAGGUAGCCUUCGUUGACCUCUGAGGUAGAUUACCUAUGCAACCUAUAAUACUCUACAUGAGUCUGUUCUUAAAGACAAUUUUGAAAGGGUUAGGUGGUGAGAGUUAGAAUCGUUGCUUUCUGAUCACAUGGGGGAUUCUGGGGGCUUUUGCUUUUUUUUGGUGGUUGAAGUGGUUGUGUUACCUUUAGAGAGAUGUAAGAGAGCACAGUGUCACGGUCACAUUUUACAGGCUUCAGCUUCCCCUAGGCUUUGCUGUAUGGCAUCAGCUGCCUUCAUUCACCAGACCAUGAGGUUAAAAACACUGAAAAUUUGUGUAGGGCUUUGGGGUCAGAGCUGAUGUGAAUCUUGCCACCUCUUUUUUGGUAAUCGUGGAGACUUAAGUAGAACUGAAGCUUGAGGGACCUGGUACCCAUAAGCAGUGCCCUAUCUAGGCUCCACAUGCCCACCUAUCCAUCCCUUCAGACCCCCACCAUGACCCCCAAAUCCCGGUGUCUUUCCAGCCUUUCACUCAUGUAGUACUUCCAUACAAUUAAAAUCUGUUUGUAGCUCUGGGGCUGAGUGAGCCCAGAGCUACUCUUUUCACAGAAGAAAUAUAAGUGGAACCAAGGGCCUUACUGUAUGUGGUUAAUCAAAAAUUAAAAGCUGCAACAUCCAUUUUUCCAAAAAAACCCAACCAAACAAAACAAAACAAAAAAAACAACAAAACCCCCAGCCUAUUAACCCUCUUUGUGGGAAUGUAUGAGUGAUAAAUCAUGCAGUGGAUGGGAAAUAAAAAGUAGCACUGAUAAGGAAAUGCAUGUUCUUCAUAGGCUGCAUUUCUGUUUGGAGAAAAAAAAAAAAAAAAAAAAAAAGUCUUUUUCUACUUUUAAUAUAAAUUAAGCCAUAAGAGUUUCAUGCUGUGGGAAGGGAAUGAAAGGGAUCACUUUAAGAGAUUAUAUUGAUAUGUAUUGUCACUUCUGCUGGGAAAUGUCUAUUGCUGCCAAUGCUUUGGUGAAUCUUUUUUUAAGAAAACAUGGAAUUUGAAAAAACAAAAAAAAAAAAAGAAAAAAAAGGGGCUAGUUCUUGGCUAUAUUUACUAGUUUUGUAGUAACAUUUUGCUGGCCCGUUUGUCUUUUCUUCUCCUUUUUCUACUCUCAUAGUCUAAUUUCUAUCUUUCCUUCUAGUGUCUCAAAAAGUACUAAGCUUGUCUGCUCAGUAGGAGUCUGUGUAUGUGUGUCUUCCUUUUUACAGAAACGCACUACUGUGUUAAGUAUUUGGCUGGGAAAUGGGAUGCUGCAGCUUUAAGAGCAUUUUUUCAAUUCAUAACAGUAUUUCCCAUCCUCUUUUGCCUGCAGGCAGGGAAAGUGUAUGUACAGUAUUUAUUUUGUUUUGAUUUUGCUUUAAAUUUGUAAGUUUCUAUAAGUAGUUCACAUUGAUUAUUCUAGGGGAGGACAAGUGGCUUUGUUUAAAUUUGUAUUUGAUAUUCAUAGUUUCCAUUUUCUGUACUUUAAAAUAACUGAAAUUAAAAAAAUGUAUUGCUUAUG